GGAGUGCCCUGAACAUUAAGUGUGCCCGGAGUUAGGUGGGAUGGGGUGGGACCCGGAGGGUUGAUUUAUGUGGAAGGCUAGCGGAGAACUCGCUCUGCUACAAGUGGUCCGAGUGCCGAAGAGAAUGGGUGGUUCUGCAUGUGUUUACAGCGGAGCCUGGUCAGUGCGUAGCGCUGUCUAAUAGCCCCGUCCAGUAUUUGACUUUUCCCGUGUAGUAUCUAUUUCAUGCCAACUUGCUGUAUCGGAUUCGACACAUCCGGAAAUGCAAACACCCUGCCAUUCAAUAGCAAUUGGAAGAGUAUGGAGCUCCGCUGGGUCCCGCUCUGCGCUCUUCAUCUCCGCUUCAGUAUCGUCCCGACUGUCCAUGCAGCCAGCUUUCUCCUGCGUGUAGCACAGUGAAUAUGGUCUGACCGAUGUGCAGCCAGCCCACAGGCCUGCACCGGUCGCAGUCCGAUGGAAGCCCCAGCGCACGUGGAGUCCCCCCUCUCUCUCCAGCUCGCUCACGACAGGGGACGACUGCGGAUUGAUCCUGACCCGGGAGAGAUGCAGGCUCCGGUGCUCUCCAUCGAUCAGAUCCGGGCCAUCCGAGCCAACAACGACUACGUGGAAAGGCCCAUGGUCCUCAGUGCGAAGGUCGCGACCAGCAGCCCGUCCAGCACGGCGCAGAAGUGGGAACGGACAACGGAGCUGAGCCUGGGCGUGGAACCACGCUCCUCGACUCAGCUCCAUCAGCAGGUGCAGCAACACUUGAGCAGAUCUACCAGUACUGUCAGUUCAGCGUCCCGCAGCAGCACCACCUCCGAACAGAGACUGCUGGUUAGCGUGAGCUCAUCCCCUUCUGCCCAAGGAAUUGUCAGGGCACAGCCCAAGGCUGACCUCAAACCCGACUUUAACAAGACUCUGGGCGGCGAGGAUUGGAGUCAACACUCACUGCGGUGCGAGGAAUGCGGGAAGUGCAAGUGCGGCUCCUGUACAGCCCCGAGGACUCUGCCUUCGUGCUGGCUCUGUGACCAGAGGUGCCUUUGCUCAUUCCAGAGCGCCCUAGAUUACGGCACGUGUGUAUGUUGUGUCAAGGGCCUCUUCUACCAUUGUUCCAACGACGACGAGGACAACUGUGCGGACAAUCCGUGCUCCUGCAGCCAAGGCCACUGCUGCGCUCGUUGGACCGCCAUCAGCCUCAUCUCCAUCUUCUUGCCCUGCUUAUGGUGCUAUUUGCCGGCUAAAGGAUGCCUCCGGGUCUGCCAGGGAUGUUAUGACGGCGUCAAGAGGCCGGGCUGCAGGUGCAAGAACUCCAAUACCGUGUGCAGGAAGGUUUCGAAGGCACCUUGUCCUAAAACCUUUGAGAAACCCUUAUGACCAAGACACCCCUUCUACCGUGAACAAUGUUAACCCUGUGGAUGUUCAGAAAGCACACCUCCAAAGCUUUCUUCACUCACCGUAGAGAUUUCCAAGAGAGAUUGAAUUACUUCUGGCGCCGAGACUACCCCACCACGUGUGUGCGCGCAAGAAGGGAGAAGAGAGUGGAGAGAAGGCUCUCAGCGAGAUGUUUGUACAGAGCAUCUUCCUGAAAAUCUAAUGGUUCUAUGAUUAUCUUGGAGUUUGAGCGAUUAUAAUCUACCCAGGGAAUCGGGACCAUCUAUCUUCCAUGUUAAGCACCUUCUUGUGGGUUCUCCCUGUGUUUGUGGCAGGUCAGACCGUUCCUCUUGUGGCUGAAUGGCUGGAAAAACCCGGCGUCAAGUUUCAGUACACCAACCGAAAGAAAUUAAAUGUUCCUUCUCCGUCGCCCACCUACCCUGUCCCCAACCCUCGCUCUGAAGGGUGCCCACCAAUAUUUGAUGGGUUUCCAUCCCGGAGGUCCUAAGACUUGGAGGUGGGCAGAAGUUGUUUCCUCUUUCUCACUUCCACUGUGGAGACCUCGGAACUGAGCCCAUUUGCUGGUGGAUCUGUCUUUGGUAAACCACUCAGUUUAUGGGAAAACCAUGCAACUCGUCUUCCGUCAGCGCAUUAAAUAUUUAUUGCUUGGCUAGAAAUGCGAUAUAGUCCAUUGAUAAUAUAUUCUCCCUCUCCUCAAUCACAGAUACAAUUAUUUAUGUAUUUUGCUGUCAGUUACUCACGCAGAUCGGUUACGGGAGGGACAAAGUUUGAAACCGUUUUGAUUCUUUGUCGAUUCAUAUGUAUUCGAAGGGUGAUGGUUGGGCCGUGAUUCUUUGUGUUUGCUAACUAUAGUGGGCUGCUAUUCAUAUUCAGUGGAUUUGUGCUUUUUAAAGGAAACACAUUGUUACGCAGGGGCUAAAUAUGGAUUGCAACAUGUUGGAAGUUUGACAUUGUGUGUGCAAUGGGUGGGUUGAGAGUUGGGCUGGGACACUUGUGGCGAAGAAGUAGGAUUUAUCAGUGUUACGGCAAACUUUUUUUACUUUGAAGUAUACCGUUACAUAAUGCGUGUAAUUCUUCUGUAGCUCCCGAAAUAGGGCUCCCUUACUGGGAAGGAACGCGUGCUGAAAUGGUCUGGGUCCUUUUAGGAUGGUAAAGUGCGGCUUAAACGACAUUUGGCACUAAAGUUAUUGCGCCACAUGUUGACAAAUACCUGUUGGCAAAUGUCAUUUCCGCUGUACAAAAUGGCUUCGUUUCGGGGUGGCGACGUGAGCCCCUGGGGACUUCAGUUCAGCCGUGUUCAGCGGCGGACUGUUAAGCAACAUCCCACCCUGGAAUAAGAUAUCUCGUUAAAACACGCCAGCCUACUGUCUGUAAUUAUGCUGACAAGUGUAUAAAUUAUUCCAUGUAGAUAUGAACCUAUUAUUAUCUGGUUCUGUCUUUUAAUGCGAUCCCCCUCCUAAGGUUCCACCAAACACUACACUUCAUCCCAUCUUUCACGAAAUUUUAGUUACACUAGUUAUGUUAUUAAUUAAUUAGUGGUAAGACUAUCUGCUUCAUCACCCCCCAAAGGGGCUAAAAUUAAUCACUUAAAACAGCCAUUGCAGAGUUACAGCAUCGGUUUAACAUUAUCCUCGUAGAAUUCCAGUCAGUGUGACUCUUAAAUUGCAACAUUGUUAUAGGAAACUAGAGAUUGUAAAUGUUUCUUCUGUAUUUUUUUUCCAUAUCAAGAUAAAUCGAAUUUGACUCUUGGCCAGUAAUUCUGCAUUUCAGAAGGGCAUCGUCCCCACUUUUAGGCUUAUAUUCUUUCUAGUCUAUUUGUCUGACCGAUAAUUUACAAUUAGUAAGUUUACUACGUUUUUUCCCUAAAUUGCCAAGUCUGAAAGAUAAGGAAUAGAACGGUCAACUCCGUCGCAUGGUGGCCUUGCAUGGGGCUCUAUCCAAGUCCAAUAAGAUUUCAUUACGUGAAGUAAAACUCGGGGUUUCCUUUGUAAUAUAAUAUUACCAUACUCGAAAUACAGCCUGUCUUCUCAAAGGAAGGCGCAAACCUUAUGGACUAGGGUUGCUUGUCAACCGGAAUGGUUUUCUUUAGGACUUUAAACGUUCCAGGAGAGUGGAAUCGAUCGAAAGGUAAGAGAGCCGAGGUUGUACAACCUUCGCUGACCUUUCUUUCAUUAACCCUGGCGGGGCGUGAGUUGGAGGCUGGGGGAAUCUCUUGGUUAAAGAGGGCAGCCAUGAUUAUCCAGGAUCCUCCUGGCUGCCAAGGCACCGGCAAUCGAAAAAACAAAUGUAGAAAGGGAAGCCUCGUCAUAGUAGUUGCGGAGAAGCAUUGGGACUUCCAGUACAACGAGGAUAUCGUUUUAGGGAUUAUACUUGAAUGGCCUGUGACUAUUUCCAAUUAGUUAUUAUAGAGCGGCUACUAAAUAAUUCAAACCCCAAAUCCUUUCGGCUAUCCCAAGGGAUGGUCUGCCCUUUUAGAUUGACGUCUGCGGUAAGAACAGUAAAAGUAUAUAUAAGAAUUGCAACCCUCUCGCCCUGUAGUAUCUCUGAUCAAAACGGUUUCUUAAAUUAUGUAUUUGUAUCUUAAGCAUGUAAGUUGUUGGGUCAUCGACAUUUGUGCAAAUUGAAACUGUAAUGAUGGUUACAUUUAUAAUGCAAACUGACCCAUAUUGAGCAUAGUGGCCAGGGAAUGAUUUAUUACAUAAUGGACGGUAGGUCAUGGUUUUCCUGGAAGCUACUUUCCUUUUUCCAAAAAUACUUCCCUACUUCCCCCCCCCCCCAAACUUUGCAAAUUUGCAACACGGGACAUUCAUUCACUGUAACUAGCACAUAAUUGAAUUUUCUUACAAGAUUUGCAUUAUGUCAACAUGGUUUUCCUAGAAGCUGUUUGGCAAUCUGAAAAAAAAAUCAGGAGACAAACUGGUGUUUUUGUAAAAGUCGGUGUGUGUUUAACAAUUAUGCAGCGGAGCGGGCUCAGCCCGCUACCCAACAAUCAUUACCUGAGAGGACUGUAAUCAGUUUGAAUAAGCCAUACUGAACCUGUUGGGAUCCGGAAGAGAACAACUUUAUUUUGGACUAUGAUGCAGUGACACUUUAUUGCCUGGAUGUCUGGAGCACGUGUCGGAUCACAGUUCAGCGUACAAUCUGGACCUUGAUGAAAUCAGAAGAAACACGGGCACGUUUCGAAGAGAUCUAACCAGACGUCACGUUCACGAGCAUUUUCUUGCUUUCUUUGGGUUGUGAACACGGCAAGAGCCUGCUCUUUGUUAUAGUUACUUUCAUAUAUUUUUCUAUAUACAAUAUUAUUAAUACUGUGAAUGGUGCCAUAUGAAGGAAGAACUCCAGUUAUUGGUACAUUGUACAUUCAGGUGAAUGUCCGACUCCGUCUCCCGCUAACAUCAGGCUCUAUUACCCUAUAUACAAAAUCCAGUUAUUGCAAUGCUUAGGUACAAUUGGCUUCCUGUAUAUCAAUCAAAAGUUACGGAUUCUUUUAUGUUUUACCAUUAUGUUGAUUAGUCUGAAUAUUUAUUUGAAGUUUUAUUUUAUAAGAUAUUUAUUUAAACACAACACCCUUUAGAAAAAAAUUACUGUACGGAACUUGCUGCAAAAAUGUAAGGGUGGCACUACAGAGCUGAAUAAAGGUAUAAAAUAGAAAUAUAUUAAUUUUCAAAUUAAGGUGUUUUGUUUGUUUUAUUCUGCUGCUGCUGCAAUAAAACUAGUCUUUCUUUGCUAUUCGUGGUCCAAAGCACCCGGACUGUAUCUUCCCAUUUUGGGAUAUUAAAAUUCAGAAUCCCAGAGAUUUCUUCAUUGGGGAAGUACAAAUGGCUUUUUUUUUCAUGCAUUUUACAUAUUUUCUUGUGUGUGGAGAAGUCUGCUGAAACAAUAGCUUUGGCUGAUCAAAAUGUUAAGUAGGCCAAGAAGGCUAAGUAACGAACUGACUUGUGUUAUGCAUCCUUAAUUGUGCAAAGUUGUGGUGGUCUUCAUUCUGAAUCACAGCAAUGCCAAAACUAUUGUUAUUUUUCUUUAGAU